UGUUCAUUUUCACUUGUUGGCUACUAUAAUUUAUCCUCACCCCAUAUAGUUCCACUAACCACUUCACCAGUUUUUAAGAUGCAGCAUUCGUGGAGUUAGAAAAUGACCUGCUAAUUCUUCAAGUUUCUGCUAAUUAUGUUAUAUUUCUCACUGGCAUUAAUAUUUGUAGGAAUAGUGUUUAUAUCUUCGAUUAUAUCCAACCCUCUCACUACCCCAACUAUAUUUGAGUAUCUCAACAGUAUCCUGAUAGGCGAUCGCAUAAAAACUGAAUCACGUUUGUAAUGAAGAAUUGACAAUGGAAGAUCCUGCUUCCCAUAUCGAUAAGAAACCAGAACCAGAAUGUUCCGAGGAAAAUUUGUAUGUUAUCGAGGAGUUGGAUGCUGAUACUGGAGAAGUUCGUGCAAUGCAUUCACUCGCUAGUGUUUCAACAACAUGUCCCGAAACGCUUGAAUCAACUGAACCACCUGUGUCUUUAUCUGUACAGAUGAAAGCGAAUCGUGUCUAUGGGCUUGUUCUAGUUCCCACACGAGAAUUAGCUAUUCAGGUAUCUCAACAUCUGCGUAUGUUAACGCGUUAUAUUAACUGUAUUCGUAUUGAAACAAUUAUGGGUGGAAUAUCAAUUGAUAAACAACUUCGCCUGCUUCAACGUUGUCCAGAUAUACUUGUUGCUACACCAGGAAGAUUAUGGCAUUUUAUUCAACAGGAUGAGCCGCAUAUUCUCACCUUACCCAAUGUCAGUGUUGUAGUCAUCGAUGAGGCUGACAGAAUGAUUGAAGCAAAUCAUUUUGAUGAUUUACGCGCCAUUUUCGAUUGGUUGCAUAGUGGUGGAUCAAUGUCAAGCGAUGCUUGCGGUAGUGUAAAUGAUGAAGGUAACAACGAAGAAGAAGAGGCAGUGGAAUUCGAAAAUUCUAAUAAAAAGACAAAAAAUCUUAAACGAAAGUCAGUGGACGAUAGCGCCAACAAUGCUCCAAUCGACCGGCAAACUCUAGUUUUCUCCGCCACGCUUACAUUUGUGCAUGGUGGUGCACUGAAACCAGGCAGUGGAUCUAAAAAGCAUAAAAUGUUAUCGGGGAAUAAAAGUAAUAUGACAAAGAAAAUAAAACUUGCUCUACUGCGUGAAAUGUUUGGUUUAAGAAAAUCAGUUCAAGUGAUUGACCUAUCGUCGUCUAGUUCCCCGAACAGUCAAUUAAAUCAAAAAGCAUCUACAGGCGGUCAACAUUCACAACAACAACCAGCCUGUCCUGAUGGUCUAUGUGAAUCACGUCUUUUAUGCCCAAAUCAAGAGAGUAAAGAUAAUCGAUUAUUUUGGUUUAUUACCUUUGGUCGUCAACUUGCCUCUGCUUGCUUACCAGUCAAACUUUCAAAUCAAAGAUGUUUAAUUUUCUUGAAUAGUAAAUCAGGUGUACGUCGAUUAGCUGGUGUGUUACGUCAGUUAGUGGAGUCUGAUGCUUUUUCAGUUGGCGGAUAUUCAUCAUCAGUGAAACAUAUUAGUGUUUUACAUGCGGAUAUGAUUCAAAAGCAAAGAUUACGGGCUUUAGAACGUUUUCAAGCCGAUCCAAAUGGAAUCCUUCUGGCCAGUGAUGUAGCCGCUCGUGGUUUAGAUUUAGCCUCCAAGGAUACAACAGAUGAAACAAGUGGUGUCUCAUGGGUUAUCCACUUCGAUGUACCGCAUACAGCUGAAUUGUAUAUUCAUCGAUCUGGGCGUACAGCAAGAGCAAAUCGUCAAGGAACAAGUUUGCUGUUCAUUUCACCGAAUGAAAUUAUUCGUUGGCAUAAAAUUGCUGUUAGCUUGAAAAGAAAUAAUCCAGAACUAGAAGAUUUUGCCGUCCAACCGUCGAACAUUCAUUUGACUAUCUGUGAACAAAUUGUCCAUCUGGCUAAACAGAUUGAUAUACAAGUGCAUAGAAAUUCACGGAAAACAGCCAAUGAAAAUUGGUUUGCUAAAGCAGCUAAAGAUGCUAAUAUCCUAUUGGAUGAUAACAAUUCUGGUGACAGUGAUAGUGAAGGAGGAAGAGGGUACAGUGAGAAAAAAAAGUCAAAAAAGAAGAAGAAUUCAGAUGAUACUAAGCCAUUGAAAUUACAGCUACGUCAGCUGAUUCAUGCUUCUCGAGAUAAAUUGUUGAAAAACACUAACGGACAAUUACAGCAACCUGUCUAUGGAAAACUUCAAACUCUCUCCAAAGUGAAAUUGUUAAAAGAAGUUUGUGUAUAA